AACGCUCUGUUCUUGGAGGUACUUGCUCACUGUCUGAAAAGAGACAUGAAACCAGGAGGAUGUCUGAUUUUCCUUUUCAUAACCAUAGUUUUGCUGGAUCAGGUGACUGGCCAAGCUUCCCCCUUUAAGGCAAAGAAACACACCAAGCGGAGAGUAAAAGAGAAAAAUGGUGACCUUAAGAGUCAAAUUAACAAGCUUUGGAGAGAGGUAAAUUCCUUGAAAGAAAUGCAAGCCUUACAAACAGUCUGCCUUCGUGGAACAAAGAUCCAUAAGAAAUGCUUCCUGGCAUCGGAAGGUGCAAAACACUUCCACGAAGCAAAUGAAGAUUGCAUAGCCAAAGGUGGGACACUCGCUAUUCCCAGAGAUGGAGAUGAAACAACAGCCCUAAGAGAGUACAGCAAGAAGAGCUUGCCAGGUGUAGCAAAUUUUUGGCUUGGGGUCACUGACAUGGUCAACGAGGGGAAAUUUGUUGAUGUCAAUGGAAUGGUCCUGAACUACUUCAACUGGGACCGCUCACAGCCCAAUGGAGGGAAGCGUGAGAACUGUGUCUUGUUUUCUCAGUCAGGUCAAGGGAAAUGGGUGGAUGAGGUCUGUCGUACUGUUAAACAAUACGUUUGUGAAUUCCUAAUCCCUUAGUCUCUUUCCAAUAAUGGCUAUUUGAAGAGAAACAUAUGUUGAAAUGACAGUUUGCAAGACUUGCCAACUUUCAGGAAAACAUCUGUUAAAAUUCUGGGAGUGGAGUUCUUAGCUGCUCAGAAAGCCACUCAGCUACUAGCUGGGGAAACUAGAAUAAUCAGACAUAGGUAGUUUUGCUGCAGUUCCUGGAGUCAUACUGACAUUAACAUGUUGUUUGACCAUGGAUUUGAUGGGCCAUGAGUUGUAGCAGACUUGCUCCUAAAAUUCCUUAUCUAGUUAGAUGAGACACAUUCAGCUUUGUCUCCUUAAACCAAUGAUACACAUUCUGCUUCCAGAUAGUGGUCUUCUCAUUACACUGUUUUGCUCCUGUUUCACUUUCUAACUUUCCCUGGUUACUUGAUCUCUCUUCCCCACCCCAGCCCAAAUUUUACAACCUGGUUCUUUGUCUGAAUCUUGCUUGAUCACACAAUCUCUUGGAAAAUGAAUUCAUAUCUUGGUUUAAACAAAUUGGUUAGAUCCACUCACCAUCCAGUGA